AUGAUGACGAUAAAAGACGGGGAGCACACGGCUACAAUCUAUAAACUGAUUAAGGACAGCCAGUAUGUUGAGGCCAUUCACAUCCUCAAUAGCCAACUUCAAAAGCACACCAGGUCCCGUGCUGCGCUGUCCUUGCUGGGCUUCUGCUACUAUCACGUACAGGACUUCAGUAGUGCGGCUGAGUGCUAUGAGCAGCUGACGCAGCUACACCCUGAGGUGGAGGACUACCGGGUCUACUAUGCCCAGAGUCUGUACAAGGCGGGCUCCUACCCAGAGGCUUACAAGGCUUCCUUCGCCCUGGACACGCCCAAUAGCCACACCAAGAUGAUCAAACUUCAAGCCUCUAUUAAAUAUUUUGAGGAAAAUUACUCUGCUGCAAAGUCUUUGGUGGAGCAGCUUCCCCCUGAAGAUUCUGAUUACGUGUACAACAUGGGCUGCCUGCUGUACCAGGACGGCAAAUACGAGGACGCAUGCAAAAAAUUCUCCUCGGCCAUGCAGGUGCUUGGAUAUGUGCCUGCGUUGUCGUACAACAUGGCACUUUGCUACUACAGGCUCAGCAACUACGCACAGGCCCUCAAAUACAUUGGCGAGAUCAUUGAGCGAGGCAUCCGGGAGCAUCCAGAGCUGAGCGUGGGCCUAACGACUGAGGGCAUCGAUGUCCGCAGUGUGGGAAACACGUUGGUGCUGCAUCAGACGGCAUUGGUGGAGGCCUUCAACCUCAAGGCUGCCAUCGAGUACCAGCUCAAGAACCUGAAAGGAGCUCAGGAGGCUUUGACGGACAUGCCGCCCAGAACCGAGGAGGAGUUGGACACAGUAACCCUGCACAACCAGGCUCUGCUCAACAUGGACAGCAAGCCGUCGCAAGGCUUUGAAAAGUUGGCCUUCCUGCUGCAGCAACCGGCCUUCCCGCCCGUCACUUUUGGGAACUUGCUGCUGCUUUACUGCAAACAUGAGUAUUUUGAUCUGGCAGCUGACGUCCUGGCGGAAAACGCACACCUCACCUACAAAUUGCUCUCCCCUUAUGAGUACGAGUUUCUCGACGCCUUGCUGACCUGCCAGACGGCGCCAGAGGAGGCAUUCAGAAAAUUUGACGACAUGAUUGGCAAAAUGACGGAGAAGCUGCGCAAACUGGCCAAGCAGUUGCAGGAAGCUAAGACAGCUCUAGACGACGACGGGCAGAAGAAAGCCCUCCAGGAAUACGACACCAUGCAGGAGAAGUACAUUGUGGUCCUGAUGGCCCAGGCAAAGAUCUACUGGAACCGUGAGAAUUUUGCCAUGGUGGAGAAGAUCUUCCACAAGUCCAUGGAAGUGUGCAACGAGGACGACACGUGGAAGCUGAACGUAGCCCACGUGCUCUUCAUGCAGAACAAGUACAAAGAGGCCAUCAGCUUCUACGAGCCCAUCGUCAAGAAGCACUACACCAACAUUUUGAACGUCAGCGCUGUGGUCCUGGCAAACCUGUGCGUGUCUUACAUCAUGAUCAGCCAGAAUGAAGAGGCUGAGGAGCUGAUGCGAAAGAUCGAAAAGGAGGAGGAGCAGAUCUCCUACGAUGACCCUGACAAGAAACUAUUCCACUUGUGCAUCGUCAACCUAGUCAUUGGCACUUUGUACUGCGCCAGGUGCAACUACGAUUUUGGCAUUUCUCGCGUCAUUAAGAGCUUGGAGCCUUACAACAAGAAGUUGGGAACGGACACGUGGUUCUACGCCAAGCGCUGUUUCCUGUCCCUGCUGGAGAAUAUGUCCAAGCACAUCAUCACGCUCAAGGGCGUGGUAGUCCAGGAGUGCAUUCAGUUCUUAGAGAACUGUGAAGAGUACGGACGGGAGGUUCCUGCCAUCAUUGAGCAGCCGCUAGAGGAGUCUCGGGUCCAAAUGGGCAAGAACACUGUCACCUAUGAAGCACGACUUCUCAAAGCACUAUUCUACAAAGUCACUAGCUGGAAUGUGUGA